GUGGCUGCCUGCUACAAAUACAGCACAUGGUAGCUGCUUAUAGAGGCGGACAGCACCGGGCCCCAAACUCUCAACUUGUUUGAAUUAUCAGUUUACAAGUUUAAGUUACUUAACUUGUACUUUGGUAACUGUUAUUUGAAAAAAAAAACAUUACAACUUUGAUUUCGUUUGUCUUUGUGCAAGGCUGUGCGCGAGCGUUUCAUAGCGAGUUUGAGGACUUUUAAUAUCACUCCGCCUGCAGCAGCCACGCAGAAGCUAGCAUGUCGACCGGCACAAAUGAAGUUAAAAGCUGCCCUAUCCCCACCAGGGUGGUCACCCCAAAGGACUGGUCCCAGAUUCCCGACUGUUACAGCCAGACACCCGGGGGGACGCUCUUCUCCACCACCCCUGGAGGUACCCGCAUCAUUUACGACAGAAAAUUUCUGUUGGACUGUCGAAACUCCCCUCUUGCCCGUACCCCCCCAUGCUGUCUGCCCCAGAUCCCAGGGGUAACAGUACCUUCUACGCACCCCAUGGGAAAACUGCAGGAUCUCAAGGAGGAGGCUGAGGAAGAAGAAAAGGACAUUGCGGAUGACAACCAGUUUGAGAUGGACAUCUGAGCUCCAGUAUUACCUCCUGUGGAGAAUUAUUAGUUAAAACGCCUCCAAGGUCAUUAAUGACUGUAAUGCAUUACAUUUCAAGCUUUUUUUUUCACCUUUUUUAAAUAAAAGCUUUUGUGAGGAACCAAAAAGAAUGGAAUAGUUUGAAAACUAUAGGGUGUUUUUAACCCUGUGUUAAGCAAAGAAAUGGUCUGAUUGGUCACUUCAGAGCUGCAGCAGGAUUGAAAAAAUCCAUUUUGAUUUAACUUUUUUUAAUCUUUUGUAAAUAACAUUGUACAAUGUAGCCUAUUUUUUAAGUUGGGGAAUAUAAGAUGAUUACAUUAAGACAUGUAGAGUUUUUCACUGCAGGCAUCAGUUGUUUUGUUGUAUCUUCCCCCCAAAAAACGGAUGGCUAACUUUCUUUGUGUUGGGCAAACAAGUGUCUCCUAAUAUUGGGGGUCAGGGCCUUCUGAAAAUCAGCUCCUACUCUGUUUUGUACAGAGGGAGAGUUUAAAUGUGAAUAAUUUCAAUUAAAGGCUAUUCAGACUGUG